CACAUCCACGAAAGCCCGAGACAUCCCAUUCAUCGAUUGCAUCUAUUACCUCUGCCCACCACUUCUCUCAACAUGGAUUCCAAUUCGGUCAAGCAGGCGCUCAUGAAGCAGGUCCUGCAGGAGGCUAACAUAGCGAAUGCGCGUGUCCUCAUCGAGAAACUCCAAGAAAACUGUUUCGAGAAGUGUGUUCCUAAGCCCGGCGCCUCCUUGUCCAGCAGCGAGACGACUUGCAUGACCUCAUGCAUCGAGAAGUACAUGGCCGCAUGGAACCAAGUCAACUCCGCCUACAUUGCGAGAAUACGGCAAGAGUCUAACAACCAGAAGAAUCUUUCUUAAUAUCAAAACUGGACAAGUAAAGACAGGAAAGGACACACUAAUACCGGCGCGCAAACUGUACAACCACCGACACAAACCACCUGUAUCUUUAUUUUGGAGGCGGCAAGAACCGGAAGCUUCGGCCGUGAAAAUGAAUGGCAGGCAAAAUGGUCGCGCACCCUGGACUCCUCGUGUGCUAGGAGCUUUGGUAUAUCAGGGUCACCUAAGGACAGUACGACGACGGGAAGCAGCACACGAGGAUAGGGUGGGCGCAAUCUGUAUUAUACAAAGGGUGCAUGGUACACAGCCUUUUCAUUGGGGUAUCAAAACAUAGACUACUCUGCCAGUCC